CUUCUUUCUUCUAUACUUUUUUUAUAGUUAUAUAUCUUUAUAGGUUUAUACAUUUUAUUCCUCUUUUCCAUCUGAAGGCUCUGCCUUAUUUUAAAUAAUAAUAAAAAUAUAAAAGCACGCUAGAAAGAAAAUAAGUCAACAAGUAUCUUUUGACUCUUUAAUUAACGUUACUUGAGCACGUUAUUCAAAAACAAGAUAUUUCAAAUUUAUUGCCGAGUUUUUGUCUUAUUCAAAAAGAUAUCUGAAGGUGACUUUAAAUUCUCUCAACUAAUUGUAUUUCGAGAUAUUCUCUAAUAAAAUAAAAAUUCAACACGUUCUGUUUCUAUAGUGCUCCCAAAAGAUACUUUAUACUUAUUCAUUUAUUCUCAAGCCUAACUUAAUAUUUAUAACCAUAUUUAAUUUCCGUAUGUAAAUGACCAAUUUUAUUUUUUUGUUACAAAUCUAUGACGAUGUGGAAAAUCCCCGAAUACUCGAUCGGGCGGUGAUCUUGAAUCUUUUAUGAGCGCACUUUUAAACAAUCCGAAUUAUGGGCAUUCUGAGAAAGACGCGAGGUGCGAAUUUACGUAACGAUCGAGGUGUCGCCUUAUUUAGUUGACAAUUUUCGCUCAAUUGGAUUCCCCCAUUAGCGGUUAGGCGGCACCCGCGUUUUUUCGACCGGCUAUAAAAACUUAUCUGGCACCGGCGCGGGGUGCCCGUGAUAAUGAGCGGGACGGAAGUUUCAGUAAAAAGUAUGCCAUCGUAAUGUGUGAAAGGCGAUAAUAAUGGUUGCGUCAAUGAACGCGAUUACGUUUGUUGGGAACUUGAUUGGUCGUAUCAACGAACGUCAUUAUCGUGUGCACGCGAAUGUUACUGCGAGAUAAAUCGCUCGCGAUUCUUAAUACGCGAAAAGAAACAUAAAUAUAACAGGCAGGCAGCGUCAUAAAUUGAGAUUUAUUAUAGUUCGAAGAUAACGAUAAAAAUAGGAGCAAACAACCGUUUCAACGUUUGUUUCUGAGAAGCAUAAAAAAAAAUACUAUCGCAUUAAGAAGCGGAGUCUGAUGCAAGCCCGCAAGCUACUUUAUCUUUUUCUUUUCCAACCGUGGCUCUUAAUGUCGCUAAAAUCUGUCUGCAACUGCAAUCGGAAACUUUUUAAAUAUCUUACAAAGAGAGGAGGGAGGAAAGAAGCUACGAGACAUUAAACGUAUUUGCCACUAUAAUGUAUUUUUCUUUCACGUCUGGAUUCGCUUGUCUUAAAUAAUCGUCCGAAACACGGCGUCCUUCUGACAUUAUACGACUCAUUUAUAAUAUUUACGAAGAAGAAACCAUCCUUUUUGUUCGCGGUGGGCGGAAUACAUCUCGCGACCAGACCGAAUAAAUGUUAAAAUUUUAAAUUCAAUAUUUCGGCCGUCCGAUGAAUAUUCAUUUGUCGUCAAAUACUCCGACGUAUUUGUUAAGAUUGUAUUCCGAUGGAGAAAGAUAGAGACAGGUUCCAGAGGGAUUUCAAGAGGGGCAACGGAGGCAACGUCGCCGGGUGUAUACGGUCCUGGACAGCCGGUAUAUGUGCGGCGCGGUCGGAAGCGACGUUUCAAGCCGCGCAUGUGGAGAACGAGGAGCCGCGCGGGCGCCUGUGCACGCUCCGUCCGUCCUCUCGGAUCUCCCCUUUUCUCCGUGGCCGACGUCGUCGGCCGAUCCGGGGCGCCAAUAUCCCGGCCCGUCUAUCGUGCACGGCCGAUUUCAAGGCUACGCGCCGCGCUGGUUCACGCGUGAAACGUACGGACGCCUCCCGCGGGCUUUGACCGUCGUGGUUUUCGCUUGUGCAUCGCAUUGACCCGCAGCAGCGUCGUCUCGUAGCAGCAACAGACGCGUAUCCGGCAUCCGUAGGCUGGUCCGCGAACCUCGGCACGUGUGCACGCCUUCGGGCGACGCACGCGCGCAACGGGGACGCGGGGCCGAGCGGCGGCGGCGGCGACGACGGCAACGUCGACGACGAGGAGGUCGGCGUCGCGUCGGCGAAUUUUCGGAGCCGCGGAGAGAAUCGCCGCGUCGGUGCGUCGGUGCGCGAAACGCACCUUUCCCGACGAGGCCGCGGGUUUCGUCGUGUGAGCAAAUCCCUUCCCGCACGAUCGACUACUGGAGGGGCAAAUUUCCAACCAAGAUUGCAUCACGAUACGUUGCAGAAAGACCUGGACCUUGCGUCGCGGAUAACAAAAGUACUCGGCGUCGCGCCUGACUAAUACUAAUGCUGCAUCCCUGGAAAAACUAUCGGGAACAAUCGAUGCAGAGGGGAGUGUUCCGGUUGUUGACAACACGUACGUUUCUCACGUGUAACGCGCAUCGCUCCACGUGUCGGCGGGCGCAACAAUAGCAAAACCGGAGGUUGUAUUGCAGUUUUUACACCAGAUACAUGAGUCACACGACAACUCAUAUACGGUAUUGAUACUGACGUACGGAUACCGCGUGUAUAUACAAGUUUUUCGCGUGAAAAUCUCGAUCAGCAAAGACGUAUUAAUCGCGCGCCGUUUCGUGGCCUCGCUCUUUGACACUUUUGACAGCAUACAUCAUGCAUAUGAUUUUACUGUUGACAUUGGUGGCCUUCGUCGCCGCUGAGAAUAUUUUAAUGACGGAAGUCUUCGUCAUUCCUAUCAGACCCGAAAUUUUCGACUGGAAUACAGAUGGACACACCGAUCAAUUUUCGUAUCAACCCUCCUUACUGAACGCCCCCGAUCUUCCCUCGUGGAUACAUUACACCUACAGCAAGAAGGAUCAUCACGGUUUUCUAUAUGGCGUCGCGCCCAAAGAUCAAAAGUAUUUUCAGCUGGAGAUUGUGGGAUUGAACAAACACACCUACGAAACCCGUUACAAAGUGCUCGACAUGAACGUACUCGAGAGAGAGAAUCUGACAAAGUAUGAGGUGCACCUGAAAAUCGACAAUCUCAAUGUGGAGGAUAUGUUCGAUCACAAUCGCACUCAAAAGCUCCUCGAUAUAUUCAGGAAAAAAUUAUGGAAAGGCGCUGCAGAUCUAUAUGUGACCUUUUUAGCAUCUGCGAUUGAGCUCGGAGCUCGUUUACCCUUGAAACCCAGUGAAGGCGAAGGAGUCGUCGUGAGACUGGGCAGCACGGUGCCGUUCUCGCAGGAACUGAACGAGCUGCAGGAGGAGGUCAAGCCGCUAUGGAAAAUGCCAUCGUGUCCCAGGGACUUCAAGAGGACCAGCGUGGAGAUACUCUUCCGAGAGGCUGAGUUCAGGUUGGACUGGUGUUCCUUCAGAUUGCUAGAGGAAGAUCAGCAGAGUCUACAGCACGAGAGCGCUCGGAGGGGUCCCAGCGCGAACGUCGUGGGCCUGCCCUCGUCAGGCAUCUCCGAGCACACGGAGUGGCGGUGGGCCCGUUCGACGAAAGCCAGCAUACCCACGAGAAGCUACUUCAAAGAAAUCGCCACCACGAUUUUCGUACCGGUCGUACUGCUUCUCGUGCUGGGCGCCUUACUUAGCACCGCUUUUUGCCUUCAUCACGAAAAAAUGACGGAUCCGGAGUCGGAUGAAUAUUUCGAUGAACUCUUUAAUAUUUUCCUUUUGCGAGAACAGCCCGUCAGAGAAAAGCGGGAACCUACGCCGGGGGAAGGAGUCGGAACAAACGGAAUACAAAUGGUGCAGUACGCUAUGCCGGAGAGAGGUACUCUAAAAUCCCUGUCAGCUCAGCCGUCAAGUCCGAACGAUUCUCUGGCGCGAAGUCCAAGGACCUCCGGCGAGCGCAGCAACCCGUACAUUCGUCCGAAUCCGCCGCCCUACGCCGGACCGAGUAACCUAGCCGGCUUACGCGCCGAUUUCUGACUACACGAGCAGCCCGCGAAAACCUGGUUCUGCUGAUGAUAGAACGAAGCACAAGGUCCGCGGGCAGCUUUUUCAAAUCGACACGUACCGAGAAAGGUGUAGCCGAGCCGAGCGGCUAUCGCAAACUCUACUCGGGAACCGUCACCAAAUUUGCAAGUUGAAUCACAUCAAGUACGCACGUCGCUUAUUAUCAUAUAACCAUAAACAUGUACUGCGUCAUGCCUUCCGAUAGCAAUAUAUCAGAGGUUCGUUGCGACACGCUUAACGCGUUUCCCACUCCGGGCAAUUGAUUUGCGUCCGAAAAAUCUUUCGGAUUUACCCUACCAUUAGAAUAGUAGAAUAGGAAUAUUAGGAUAGUAGAAUAAGAUAUAGUAGAAUAAAAUAGAGGGACACACGUUGCGAAUACGUGGAGGAGCGGCGUGGUAUACAAUUAUAAUUUGCAUUGUAAUAAAAUAAAUUGUUGUAAUACACGAGAUUGUACUUUAUGAUUUCUACCGAAGAAAUAAAUGUGUAACGCUAGAAAUACGCUGUAUACUUCAAUACAUGCACUCACGUCUUCGGCGACGGUAGGCAUUCGAGAAUGGAAUUAAUCACUUCGCUAACGAUGUAUACUUUCUGUGAAAAAAGAUUUAAAAAUAAAAUUUGCUGCUCUAAGG